GCUUUCUGCAUCACUUGUUCCAGCUGCAGUAACCUGCCAUCAUGAGUACGGACGCAGAGAUGGCGAUAUAUGGGGCGGCGGCCAUAUACCUCCGGAAGCCUGAGAAGGAAAGAAUUGAGUCGCAAAGCAGACCUUUCGACGCUAAAACCGCCUGUUACGUACCCCACGCCACGGAGCUCUACGUCAAAGGCGUGAUCCAGAGCAAAGAAGGGGGCAAAGCCACCGUCAAAACUGAAGCUGGGGAAACCGUCACUGUUAAAGAGGACGAUAUCUUGCCCAUGAACCCCCCCAAGUACGAUAAGAUUGAGGACAUGGCCAUGAUGACCCACCUCAAUGAAGCCACUGUGCUGUAUAACCUCAAAGAGCGUUUUGCAGCAUGGAUGAUCUACACUUACUCCGGGCUGUUUUGCGCUACUGUGAAUCCAUACAAGUGGCUUCCAGUGUACGACCAGUCUUGUGUUGAUGCAUACAGAGGCAAGAAGCGUAUGGAGGCUCCCCCACACAUCUUCUCUGUCUCUGACAAUGCCUUUCAGUUCAUGCUUACUGAUCGUGAAAACCAGUCAGUCCUGAUCACUGGAGAAUCUGGUGCAGGAAAGACUGUGAACACCAAACGUGUCAUCCAGUACUUUGCGACAAUCGCAGUGGCUGGUGACAAGAAGAAAGAGCCGGCUCCUGGAAAAAUCCAGGGAACCCUGGAGGAUCAGAUCAUUUCAGCUAACCCUCUGCUGGAGGCUUUUGGUAACGCCAAAACUGUGAGAAAUGACAACUCGUCUCGCUUUGGUAAAUUUAUCAGAAUUCAUUUCGGAGCCACAGGAAAACUGGCCUCCGCUGACAUUGAGACCUACUUGCUGGAAAAAUCCAGGGUCACAUUUCAGUUGAAAGAAGAAAGGAGCUACCAUAUCUUCUAUCAGAUCAUGACCAACCACAAACCAGAACUUAUUGACAUGCUUCUCAUUACCACCAACCCCUAUGAUUUCCCUAUGAUCAGUCAAGGGCAGAUCACCGUCGCCAGCAUUGACGACAAAGAGGAGUUGAUGGCCACAGACUCUGCCAUUGACAUUCUUGGGUUCACCAAUGAAGAGAAAAUGGGAAUCUACAAAAUCACUGGUGCGGUGAUGCACUACGGUAACAUGAAGUUCAAGCAGAAGCAACGUGAGGAGCAGGCUGAGCCAGACGGCACUGAAGUGGCUGAUAAAGUCAGUUAUCUUUUGGGACUGAACUCCGCUGACUUGCUGAAAGCCUUGUGCUACCCAAGAGUGAAAGUGGGGAAUGAGUAUGUGACCAAGGGGCAGACUGUCCCCCAGGUCAAUAACGCUGUUGGCGCUCUGUCCAAAUCUGUCUAUGAGAAACUGUUCUUGUGGAUGGUUAUCCGUAUCAAUGAGAUGCUGGCUACAAAGCAGGCAAGGCAAUUCUACAUUGGAGUCCUGGAUAUUGCAGGAUUUGAGAUCUUUGAUUUCAACAGCUUGGAGCAGCUGUGCAUCAACUUCACCAAUGAAAAACUGCAACAGUUCUUCAAUCACACUAUGUUUGUACUGGAACAAGAAGAGUACAAGAAGGAAGGAAUCGUUUGGGAGUUCAUUGACUUCGGCAUGGACUUGGCUGCUUGCAUUGAGCUUAUUGAAAAGGUAC